AUGACCAUCAAGUUUGGUGCAUUGGGCCCCAACCCGAUGACCAAACAGGCAGUUUUUCACAACGGUGGGGACAUCGAAAUUGGGCCUUUUACGUUGGCUGAUAUUGCUGAGGCUAUUGUUCGAAUCUUGGAUCCUGCCAAUUUCGCGGAUACUGCGAACCAGGCAGCCUAUAUUUACUCUGCUGCUGUCACAGAGCGGAAGUUGACGGUGAUAGUGUCAAAGAUACUGGGUGUUGACUUUGGGUCUGUUGAGAAUGGGAGUGUCCCUUACGUGAAUAUUGGUGAGUUGAUGGAGAAGGCGAAGGGGCAGUUGGCAGCGGGUGAUAUCUCUGGGAUGCUCAAUUACUACUAUGUGAUGAUGUACGAGGAGGGCUAUGGCGGGAAGGACUUCAGAAAGUUUUCUUGGAAUGAGCGCUUGGGGAUACGGUUGAUGAGUGAUGAUGAGCUGGAGAAGGCUAUUCGUGAGAUUCUUGCUUAG